AUGGGCGGCGGAGGCGGCUCCGGCGCAGCCGGCUUUUAUGAUGCCGCUCUACAGAGGCGUGAGGCCAUGAUGGGGAAGAGUGGCCCUGGAGCGCUUGUCAAGAAUUUUCGAGUCUUCUCUAUCGCCUGCUUCGCAUGUAUCGGUGGUGUCCUCUAUGGGUACAACCAAGGAAUGUUCUCGGGAGUGCUCGCCAUGCCAGCCUUCCAGAAGCACAUGGGCGAAUACGAUCCGAUAGACCCCAACGCGAGUCAGACGAAGAAGGGUUGGCUAACGGCAAUUCUUGAGCUUGGUGCCUGGCUCGGCACGCUUUUGUCUGGGUUCAUGGCAGAGGUUCUUUCGAGAAAGUACGGCGUGCUAGUGGCAUGCUUGGUUUUCAUGCUGGGUGUGAUCAUCCAAGCUACGUCUAUGUCCGGGGGACACGAGACCAUUCUUGCCGGACGAUUCAUCACAGGUAUGGGUGUCGGAUCCUUGGCCAUGAUCAUUCCCAUCUAUAAUUCGGAAGUUGCACCGCCUGAGGUUCGUGGAGCUCUUGUUGCUCUCCAGCAGUUGGCUAUCUGUUUUGGUAUCAUGGUCAGCUUCUGGAUCGACUACGGAACCAACUACAUCGGCGGUACCAAGCUCGAGACCCAAUCGGACGCCGCCUGGCUUGUGCCAAUUUGCCUACAACUUGCCCCGGCUCUCAUCCUUUUCUUCGGCAUGAUGUUUAUGCCCUUCUCCCCACGCUGGCUGAUUCACCAUGGUCGCGAGGCAGAAGCUCGCAAGGUACUCUCCAACCUCCGUGGCCUGUCUCAGGACCAUGAACUUGUCGAGCUUGAGUUCCUUGAGAUCAAGGCCCAAUCUCUUUUCGAGAAACGCAGCAUUGCCGAGCUAUUCCCGGAGUUGCGGGAGCAGACAGCCUGGAACAUCUUCAAGCUCCAGUUCGUGGCUAUCAAGAAGCUCUUCCAGACGAAAGCCAUGUUUCGACGUGUUAUCGUGGCGACCGUUACCAUGUUCUUCCAGCAGUGGUCUGGUAUCAAUGCGGUUCUCUACUACGCCCCGCAAAUCUUCAAGCAGCUUGGACUCGGCGAUAACACAACCUCACUCCUGGCUACGGGUGUAGUAGGUAUUGUCAUGUUCGUCGCUACGGUUCCUGCAGUACUGUGGAUCGACCGUGUUGGCCGUAAGCCCGUGCUUACUAUCGGUGCAAUCGGGAUGGCUACCUGCCAUAUCAUCAUUGCUGUCAUCGUUGCCAAGAAUAUUGACCAAUGGGAAACCCAUAAGGCUGCUGGCUGGGCUGCCGUAGCCAUGGUCUGGCUGUUCGUCAUUCACUUCGGAUACUCUUGGGGCCCUUGUGCCUGGAUCAUCGUUGCCGAGAUCUGGCCAUUGAGCACCAGACCGUAUGGUGUCGCACUUGGGGCUUCGAGCAACUGGAUGAACAACUUUAUCGUUGGCCAGGUCACGCCGGAUAUGCUGACCGCGAUCCCGUACGGAACCUAUAUUAUCUUCGGAGUGUUGACGUAUAUGGGUGCCGCCUUCAUUUGGUUCUUUGUGCCGGAAACUAAGAGAUUGACCUUGGAGGAAAUGGACAUCAUCUUCGGGUCCGAAGGCACUGCGCAGGCCGACAAUGAGCGCAUGGCGGAGAUUAAUAACGAGAUUGGCCUUACCCAAUUCUUGCGAGGUGAUGGUGCCAACCACGGCGCGGCUACUGGAAGCGAUACUGGUUAUGGUGCGGAGAAGGAGAAGAGCGAGCACUAUGCUCAACGCGUAUAA